CAGCAGGAGGAGGGCGCGGAGGGCGACUACCCCGAGGAGGAGGCCGCUGAGGGCGCCGAGGGCGCCGACGGCCCGUCGUCCACCACCACCGAGGCCUCCAAGGGCAAGCGCGUCGGCAACGGCGUGCUGCGGCCCUUCCGCUCCAACCAGGACCUGAUCGCGGCCCUCAAGAGGAGGCGGCAGCAGGCUGCGGCCGGCGGCCCCGUCAUCGCCCUGCACACCACGUCCACCACCACGCCCAGGGCCGAGCCCGCCAACAACGCCAAGAAGCCCACCAACAACGUGCGCGCCGCGUCCAACUCCAACCCCUACUCGGUGAGCAACAACAACAGCAAGCGGAAGUUCAGCGAGUCCGGCGCUGCCAGCACGCCGAACACCACGCCGCGCCCGCCCACGCCCUCGGCGCGCAAGUUCAACGGCUCGCCGUCGUCGCCCGUCCUCAGACACUUCAUUUUUUUAUCAUGUGCCUGA